CGGGAGUGGAUGAAGAUUGUAGGGUAGUGGUUUAUAUACGUACACGCAUACUAGUAAGUGCGAGACCUAAAACACGACAAAAACCACAAUUACAAUCAAUACAUUCGCCCUGUAGAUAACUAGAAACCGGGGCAUCACAAUGAGCGGUGAAGCGAAAAACAUGUACAAUGAGUAUCCAGAGUACAACCUAACCGAUCUCCGUACUCCUGUACUGAGUGGGCUACCGUUGAGGCUGAUGGUGUCAGCUGUGAAUUCGCUGGGACCUCUGGCUAAGAAGAUAUUGGAAGACUCCAACGGGUUCUGUUUGCGAGAUUUGGU